AUGAAAAAUAUCAGUAUUAUUACUGAGUUUGUCCUUCUGGGAUUGCCCAGUGACCCCCAGAUCCAGACAGUGCUCUUUGUGCUGUUCCUGGGGAUUUACCUGCUGACAUUAGUGGGGAACACAGUGAUGAUCCUGAUCAUCAAGGCUGAUGCUCGGCUCCACACACCCAUGUAUUUCUUCCUCGGACACCUGUCUUUCCUGGAUCUCAGCUUCUCCUCAGUCACUGUGCCCAAAAUGCUACGGAACUUCUUGUCUCAGAAGAAAAGCAUCUCAGUGUGGGGCUGCAUCACUCAGAGUUUCUUUUUCACUCUCUCAGGGGGGACAGAAGCCUGUCUUCUCUCCGCCAUGGCCUACGACCGCUAUGCUGCUAUAUGCCACCCUCCGCUCUACACUGUGGUCAUAAACAGACCUCUCUGCACUGGGAUUGUGAGCAUAGCUUGGGCAGUGGGAUUUUCUAUUUCUUUAAUGAAUAGCCUCUUUGUUCACAAGUUACAUUUCUGUGCUUCCAACAUCAUCCGCCACUUCAGUUGUGAGCUACCUCCACUCUUCCCUCUGUCUUGUACUGACCCCCCUGCCAACAAGAUUCUUCUAGCUGUGUCAUGUACAUCUUUAGGGCUGCUGACACUUCCCCCAAUCCUCUUUUCUUACUCAAGAAUCAUUUCUGCCAUACUGAGUAUCUGCUCCUCUGAGGGCCAAGGCAAGGCCUUCUCCACCUGUUCCUCCCACCUCACUGUGGUGCUCCUGUUCUAUGGGACAGUUCUGUUCAGGUACAUCAGCCCCGACUCAGGCUCAGUGUUGGAGCGAGUGGUCUCCAUUCAGUACAGUGUGAUCACUUCCUUGCUGAACCCCCUUAUCUACAGCCUCAAGAACCAGGAGGUAAAAAGCUCUACAGCGACUGCUGAGGCAACAGAAGUGUGCCAGCAGGUAAGAGAAAGCUGUGUGUUUCUGCUCAGGAAAGAGAAAAUGUAUCUCUAA